CCGCUGCGUGAGGACCAGUCCAUCGCGUCAUACUCGCCGCUACCUUCUUAGUCUAUAUCCUCAGUACGGCGGAUAAGGACGCGCGGGACUUUUGUUACAAAAAUAAUAGUAAAUUAUUACAUUGUUUCUGUGUGUGAUUGCAAGAAUUCCAAUUCUGUGAUAAUGAACCACCUAAGAGAAUCGCCACUAAACAAGACAGAGUUGACCAAAGACAAGAUGCAGAAAUGGAUGGAGGCACAGAACAAGGGCGAGCGGGGUUCCGUAGACGUGUACGGGAAACCCAGCGCGAAACAGCUGCAAGACCUGGAAAACGUCAGGAGUUUGAGCAAAGAGCUCCAAGAUAACCUGCAUGAACUAGAAAACUCAGUCCGCAUCGCUGACGUUGACAACCAGGCCAUGACGCCCGUGGCCCCCAUCCUGGACUACUCAGAAGACCACGAGUUCGUCUCCGCCAACAAACUCGACAACUAUUAUUCGGAAGAGGAUAAAAAAGACGCCAAGGCUGAAGAAAUGAGCAAAUUGACCAAGGGUAAUGGCGCAAGGACUGAAAUACAACAGUUCUAUAAGGAUCAGUGUGUGUUUCUGACGGGUGGCACUGGGUUUUUGGGGAAAGUGGUGAUCGAAAAGCUACUGCGGUCAUGCGGCGAAGUGGACACGAUAUACGUGCUGGUGAGGAGUAAAAAGGGCAAAGACGCACACACGAGGCUGCAUGAGAUGCUGGACGAGUUUCUGUUCCACAGAGCACACGAGGAGAACCCCAAAGGGAUACACAAAGUGGUUCCAAUAGUUGGUGACAUGGAGCUCCCAGGGCUCGGUAUUAGCGACCACGACAGAAAGAUUAUUACCAGCAAGGUGACAGUGAUAAUAAACGCAGCAGCGACGGUCAAGUUCGAUGAGAAGUUGUCGGUGUCCACGGGCAUCAACGUGAGGGGAACCAAGGAGCUCAUCAGACUGGCCAAGGAGUGCCGCAACCUGAAAGCCAUCACCCAUGUGUCCACAGCCUUCUCCAAUACACACGUCGAUUAUAUUGAGGAAAAGUUCUACGAGCCGCCGAUGUCGGUGGAGGCUCUGGAGGCUGUCUCCGAAAUACGCGAAGAUGUCGUCGAGGCUAUAUUACCCUCGCUCCUGGGCAACCGGCCCAACACUUACUGCUUCACGAAGGCGAUCGCCGAGGAAGCUGUCAGGAAAUACGCUGAAGGAAUGCCUGUCUGUAUACUUAGACCGUCUAUAGUGGUGUCGACGUAUGAAGAGCCAGUGCGAGGCUGGACGGACAGCGUGUACGGCCCCACGGGAAUUAUCAUUGGGAUUGGGACUGGGGUGCUAAGGACAAUGUACAUGGACCUGCACAAGGUGGCCGACAUGGUGCCGGUCGACAUGACCGCCAACGCCAUUCUCGCGUCCGCGUGGUACACGGCCAAGAAUUUUAAAGAAAACCAAACCUCAGACAUACCCAUCUACAACUUCGUGUCCGGCGCUCAGAACCCUAUCAAUUGGGGUCAGUUUAUUGAGGUCAACAGAAAAUACGGCACCGACAAGCCUACGACUAAAGCAGUUUGGUACUACGGACUCAACCCAACCAAGAUCUAUAGCCUUUUCCUGUUCUACAACUUCUUUCUGCACUACCUCCCGGCUUUGCUUGUGGACAGCUACUGCGCCCUGGUGGGCAGGAGACGAGCUAUGCUGAAGCUGUACGGCCGUGUGAUGCGCAUUGCCAAAAUUCUUUUUUACUUCUCCACUCAGGACUGGAGGUUCAGCGACCAGGGUGUGCGAAACAUGUGGGCUGCCCUAUCCGACGAAGAUAAAGCGGUGUUCUUCUUCAGCCUCAAGGAGAUGUCCUGGGAGAGGCUGUGUGAAACAUUCUUAGUUGGUCUUCGAGUGUAUCUGAUAAAGGACGACCUCUCCACACUUCCGGAAGCCAGAAAGAAAUGGAACCGACUGUUCUAUCUGCACCAAUUGGUGAAGCUGGUCACCCUCGGCUUAGUGCUUAACCUGGCUUAUUUACUAUUCAAGUCCAUAGCUUCUAUAUUUUAAAUAAAUUUAUUUUAUCGUAUUAGCUCAGUUUUGUAAUUUAUGACAAUCGUCCAACAGUUUUGAAUCACUAUUAUUAAGCUAUUGUGGUACACUGUACUACGAAUACAUAUCCUCCCGUGGAUGUCGUAUAAGAUGACUAAGGGACACAGCUGAUAGCCAAUAGCCAAAAAAAUGAAAAGCCAGCAAUAUAUUGUUCGCCGAUAGUGCGGAUCCGGGAAUAGAAUAUAAUUAUAUUAUGUAGUUAUUAAGGUACUUUACUACUAAUUGUUGUAAAUAGAUAAAAAGUGUAGUAAAGGCUAAAGUUAUAAUAGUAUAAUUUGAUAUUUAAGAAAAUGGCUUUUGCAUCUUGAAAUUAUUUGGAGAAACGUAAACUUUAUACAACAAUCAGAUUUUUAUCUUAAAGCGUAUAGAAAAUGAACACUCCGUUUUUUCUUACGAGUCAAAACUGGUAAACAACCUUCAUACAGUAUAUAAUUGUUGAAUUUAAGUUCAGAUCUACACAUUCUAAAGUAAAACGUGUAUUAACCACCAAAGUAAAAUCCUAAAAAGUCUACUUUAAUUUAUGUUACUGUAAAAUAACAAAAUGGUGGGUUCGAUUGUUAAAUUAAAACUUGGAAGAAAAAACGAGAAAAGUCGAGAUAAAAAUACAUUUAAAAUUGAGAAAACUAGCAAAAACACUUCUUUUCUUGGUAUGCGAAUGCAGCAGCCGAGUUAGUUUUAAGAGGAAAUAAGUUUUGAAAUAAAAACAAAAUCUUGUA